CUUGACGCGGUGCACGCUGCAUUUGUUUGUUGUUAAAGGCAAACGCCUCACAGUUUACUGAACUGCACUUGAUGAUCAUCUCCAUGCAAAUUUACACCUUAUACUUCUUAUAGUGAAUGUGUUAUCCAAAAUUAGAUUUUGCGCAACAAGAAAGUAAUCGUAUAGAAACUGCGGCUCGGCCUUACCUGGAGGACGGCCACCUGCUCACCGCUGCACAGCACGCGGUAGGAGCCGGCGCCGGCGUAAAAACAAUGACAGAAAUGCAAGAACCACUGCAACCAAGAAAUAGUCCGCCACCGGCGGAUGUCGCCGCGCCCCGCCGCGGCGGUCCUGCUACCACAAAACUCCGGGUCCUUUUCGCGUUGACCGGCGCAGCCGCCGUGUUUCCGAGCGCGAGCAGCAGUUCCGUCGUUCCGCAGAAGGCGCUGCUGGCGCGCCAGCGAACCCUGUCGGAUGGGGAACUCAGCGCGCUCUCCACCUCCGCCGGAUCCGUUUUGUCGUCGCCGCAACAGACUCUCUCCACGGAAGGGUCUCUGCCAAGUUUGGCGGCUGGUGCAUCGCGGCGCGGCAGUAAGACUCACUAUUCCGCGUCGCCGCCGGGUUCGACCUUCGGCUCACCCGCCCAGCAGUUUUCGAAUUCGCCCCCACAACGGUUCUCUGGUUCCUCGUCGCUUUCCCCACCGUGGUGCAAGGAGCACGAGAGCUCCUACAGCGCUGCGGAGUUCGACGAGCUGCAGGCAUUCCGCUUGGAGGCGGGAUGUGACGUGGGUCCGGGGGAGGAAGAAAAAGACGACUACAGCGGAAGGUGUAACGCCGCUGGACAAGAACCCAGCGCCGGGGGUGAGGAAGAUACAACUACCGAACAAGCGGCAUCGCUUUCGCGAUGCAAAAGCUCAUUUUUCUUUCCCAGCACACCCCUCGAACAGCCACAGCCGCAGCGGUAUUCCGGUAUCGUGCCGCUGCUGUGGAGGACUUUUACACCCCCGCCGGCGCAUGGUAGUAUUGAUACCUCGUCGGGAACUUCUACUUCUGGUUCCUCUUCCGCCAGUGCGCAGUCCCGAGCGAGCUCGACGUCCUCCUUUCCGCAUGGCAGCGAGGAAGACCUACAGAUGACGAUCAGACGGGCCGCGGCAGGAGAACAACUACGCAACACUUUUUCCACUCCAAGCCAUAGCCAGUCCGGUACUUCUAUAUCAACGGGUGGAAGCAAGAGAACUGCACGAGAACUCGCACCACCGUACCCACAAACCGCUCUGACGCCGCCCAGUCUAACACUAUCGGGCUUGAAAGACAAGCGCGUCGCUAGUUGCCCGGGAGGUCUGGAUUGCAUGGAAACUAUCGAUGAUGUGGAGGAGAGGCGAUUUUACCGUACUAACAGCGAGGGACGAUCGACCACACCAGCUGACGUUCCAUCACCCGCGACGCUACCCGUCCUGGUGUUCAAGCGCAGCAGCAGUGUCGGUUCCAGCCCAACGCUGAAACCACUGUCGGCGCCGACAAUUUUCUACCCGCAGGCUAGGCGGGGGGAAGAGUUGCAGCUAUCUAGGUCGUCGACGCCCGCGUUUGGGGCGGGUCGAAGUUCUUGUUCAUCUUUAAAAACGUCCUCGGGGAGCGACGAACUUGGACUGCACAGGAAUACGUCGUGCGGGGGUCUUGAGGACAAGGAAGAACGAAGACCGCCUCGGCAGCGUGCUCACUCGGAUCCCUGGAGCAGCUUGGGCCGGAUGCCGUUUGCCAAACCUGAAUCAGGCCCUGAUAUUGAAGAUGCAAACGUCGACCAACAGACGUUGUUAACGACUUCCCGCGCCCAACUUCAUGACACGCAUCUUCGCGGAAACCAGACUAUUCCGGGCGUGUGCGGGCGACCCGACAGGGAGCGUCUGGACCACUUUUAUCACGGGCGAAAAGGGACAAGUUCUUUGGGGACGUCGAGCAAGUCCUCUUCCUCACACCUGCGCGUGCCGAACGUGAGCAGCUGCCCGGCGGGGCUGAAUUGCAUUUUGGAAGACGUCGAAGCGAGUGAGGAGCAGAAAACCCCCUGGGAGCUCGAACAGGAGGCUCGGCUCGCGGCGGAGGUGACCGGACGUGGGAAGAUGGUGGAAACGGGUGGUGCCACAGUAGACACAGCAGCACCACAGAUGCACGAAAACGAAAAUAAACCUGUUGUCCCGACGGGUUUCGCGUCGCAACUUUUGCGCCGGAUCUACCGCGACGCGUGUGCAGUCACGCGGAGCAAGCGAGGCGCAGCGCUGACGGUGGAGUCGGUUGAUAUUGGUUCCACUGGCAAUAAAGCCGCUCCAAAUUCUUCUUGCCCGGAUGUGGAAGCUGCUGCUCCUGCGAUUUUUGGUAACAAUAGUACAAGAACGCAGCAGGGGGCGCCACUGUCUUCACCACUCCACCAUGCGCACAGUUGCCCAGCCAUGCUGAAUCGGAUAGCAGAGAUCGAUGAGGAAGAUGAAUGUGAGUUGACCCGAGCUGGUGAAGCACUACCUCCGCAAGGUCGUGCAACGGGAUUCUUAUUCGCAGGAGGGGACGAUGAACACGCGUCGCCGACGCAAGUUUUUCAAAGCUGGCCCGUCGACGGUGAGUUCCAACAGGACACAGCCGACGACGACCUCCUGCUCGACCAGGAAUUGCUUGGAAUGCUGAAUGGCACUGCUUCAACAUCCCGUGGUGAUUCUUGCACUAACUCGCCCACGCCUUUUCACAACUACACGCCCCAGUUUUAUUCCCUCUCCAGGCAAUCGACGGAGGAAAGCCAAAGAUCUUCGAGUUCAAGCUCCGGCCUGCUCGGUAGGGUCAAGCACGUGCAGUCUUGCCCCGCGGAUCUGUACCGCAUUGUAGAGGAUGUGGAGGAACUGGAACAAGACGCGGAUUUCCCCCACCCCGGAGCCACUGGUGCGUAUCCACAAAUUUGUCAACUCGAAUCCGAUGCGACUCCGAUCGUUGAGGACGCGCGGCUCCGUGCCCGCUUGCAACAGUCCGGCAAAUCGUUUCUGUGCAGCAACUUCAGUCCGGAAUGCGGGCGGGAUGGCUACUGCUAUUGCCGCGAAGGGGCGGAUACGGGUGGUGAAGAAAGGAUGAUGUUGGCGAAUGACACAAGUCCUGCGUCAGAUCAUGGAGUUGUCAAAGAUGUUGCCGAGGAGGAUUCUUCUAUGUUGCAGGCGAGAGGGGAGGAUGCAGCGGGAGGUGCAGAUGGGGAGUUUGACACACCGAAGCCCGACGAGCAGGCUGACCAGGUCCAAGAACUCGAGAAGCUCCGGCAAACGCUUUCGCAGCGACUCAGCCGUGGCUCGAUGCGGAGCUGUUUGUCUUACUCCGGCCCGAGCUCCCCCGUGUUGGCACGGCAGCAGAGCGGGGGAAGCGAUCAUGGAGAAAUUAUUGGCACGACGGACGGAGUGCUACCGACCGCCGCGAUGUCGGCUACUACUCCGUCAAUCGCGUUGGCGGAAGAGAUUUCCGGCGACACCUCCACUUUUCUCCACAAAAGCAUGAGCAACGUAUCCAGCGAGUUUUCGUUUACCCGCCAGUCCAGCCACAGCGAACCCACCUUCUCCCGCCAGACCAGCAGUGGGAGCGGCAGUUUUGCCCUGAACGCUUGUUCGAAACGUCAGGUAUCCACCAAAUCAAAAGCACAGUCCGCGCCGGUGAGCAGGCAGGGGAGCCGGCAGGCGUCGAAGGAAGCGUGCGGAAGAAGUAGGCGAUACAAUCUUUCCACCUCGCAGAGCGGUUCAUCUGCCAUAGUGGUGGGGCAACAAGGAGAAAAUAGUAGAACUGGCACUUCAACUUCUACGGCCAUCGUGCCGCACCAACACAACUCCGGCGUUUCAACAACAUCCCGCGGCCUCCCCUUCUCCGGCCACAAAAAGUUUGCCUGCGCGGUCGGCGCGGCCGCGGUGUUGGGCGGGCUGUCGCGCGCUUGCGUCCGGCAACCGAAUCCGCAGCAAAAGACUUCGGACGGGGCAAGAGCCUCGGCUUCCGCCUUCGUGCCUAUUCCAGGAGAAAAAGAACGCAGCGGGAAAAGCGUGGCGGUGCCGAAAAAACAGGUCGACCAUGGGUUGGGACCAGUGGGGGAGCGAGGGUACUUUAGGGUUUUGUACUACUGCGUGCGGACGAUUUUUGCUAAUGCAUGACAGAAGAUGUUGGUUCUUGAUAAUGCAUUGUAGCAUCAAUAAACGAGAAGUUGAAGUGAAUAUUAUAUUGGAAGAAAACCGACCAAAUCAGGCCUGCACUGGCCGACUUGAGCAAAAUUGGGCUGCCAGUAUCGCAGCAACCGCUAGAGAAAGACCGGGCGUGCCGGACGAAGCUGUGCGGGCCGGUGACCAAGCGCGGUAGCCGGUUGAAACGCGAAAACGCAAAAUGCUCCAUCACCUCGGACACUGGUUUGAUGAUUCGCGCCACGAGCGGCGUCUUGGCGGGCAGGUUGAUUCGACAGGUACUGUUAUUUUGUCAGAUAGAUGAAACUGGCUUUGUUACCGUAGUUCCUUGUGAUGCAUUGUUCCUGCACCAGUAGGCUACUUCGGCGAGUACUACUUAGAUUGCAGGCUGUUUUAUCGGAUUAUGUAAACUAGACAGUCGGACGUUGUUAUGCGAUUUCUACUUGUUUGAUUUUUCCGCAACUGAAAUUUUUUCAGGCUGCCUGCGUGUUAGCUUCUUUCGGUGCGGGGACAGUUGCGAACGAGUGGUUCGUGGCCUUUCUCUAUCACACCGAGAGAAUCGAAAUCUCUUCUCAGUGGGAGUCGCAGCUCUACUCAUUUGCAUCAGAAACAGCAUUUGCAGAAUUUGAAUCACAAGAACUUAGGUUCGUCGAAAACUUCUUUGUAGUUUCUUAGGACGAUAUUGUCAUCAGCAACGAGCAUGGUUACUCCAGCUACACUGACGCCACCCGAGGAGAAGUUCCUUGAUUUCGCUUUCAUACUCUCGAGGCGCUGGAUGACGCGAGCACGCAGCAGGGAACAGCUAUAAGCAGUAGUUCAUCAUCCGGAGUAUCAACUGUAAAAAUGUCUGGGUCUGGAAGAGUGCGCGAUUUGUCACGUAGCUCUUUCAUGACCCAUGAGGUCUGUAAUGCAGGACCUAACGUGACAGAUUCUGUGCACUCUCUCUCAUGCCUAUCCUGCAUGAGAAACUCCCUCCCGACUUGGUCAAAACUGGACGACUUUUGGUAAUCAUGCAACACAGAUUUUUGCAUGCUUCAGAUUUAGCAUGACAACUUGCAUUCUUCCAGACCCAGACAUUUUUACAUUCGAUACGGAGCGGCGAUCGUCGAUGCGUUCGCCGAACAAGAAAACGGUAUGAAACCAAAAGCUGCACAAACGCGACCUUCUCCGGAACAAGAUGAAACAAGCACGGACGAGCCAGCUUCCGCGUCGUCGUCCCAGCAGCAGGACCAGGACCUUAUUACCGCGAAAAAGAAAUUCGCGACCAGUCUGCAACAACCGACGACCGGCGGAGGCCCGGCGCAACAGCAACAGUUUUCCUCGAUUUCUUCCGACCCCGCAGCUGCUCCGGAGUUUGCCCCGAUUGAAAAGAUCACCUCCAGUACCAGCACCGUUUCCGACGAUCUGGCAACAGCUUUGACGAACAAACUCGCAAAGAAUGCAGGUGAUUUUCAACUACAGCAAGUGCCAGACGUCAAUUCCGGGCACUCGGAGCUGUGCCGCAUUCUCCACGACACCUGCGACAUGUCCGACGUGUGGGGCACGAUAGAGGCGGGAAUUGCCGCGGACCAGAUCUUUUCCAGGAUCGUGAAGCCCAUGCUGAUAUGCAUUGCAAAUAUGUCUGGGUCUGGAAUAAACUUGUGAUGCAAGAAAGAAAAUAGUGAGCGCACAACUCCAGUGCGCUGCUCAGCACGACAAGUUUUGCCGUGGUUCUGAGUUGCGUACUCCGCAUGAGAAGCUGCGUGUUUGCAUGACAGACAAGAGGAGCUCUUCGCGGCCACGCAAUACAGAGCGCAGAUUCGUGCCGAACUAGCAUGACAAAUCUCGCAAUCUCCCAGAGGACCUAGACAUAUUUGCAUUUGAUAGCUGAUUGCCGGCCACGCGAGCAAGGCCAUGUCGCAGACGGUGGAGAUUUUCACCGAGGGGGUGUCGCUCUACCUCGUGCAGAAUGUCGUACCUUUGAUCCAGGGGGCAGCCACCGGGGAGAAUCCCCUCAGCUUGGACGCGAUCACCGAUGUGAAGGCAGCGGCGUCAAUUUUGUUUCUCGCCGGGGUAGCGGGGGUGACGGAGGUGGUGGUACAGGAAGUGCUGAAAAAACCAAUACAAACACUGGAGUUAUACGAGAAGCGAAUCUUGCGUUUUCUGGUGAAGUGUAGACGCCGGUUGGGCACAACUUCCACCACUGCAACUUCUUCUGGGGGUAGUAGUUCCUCGGAGGAAUUUAACAGGGAUAUCUGGAGCAAAUUUUUCCAGGAACUCGCGACUGAGCGGAUUGAGGAGAUCGAAUUGCACCAGCUGGAGGACUAUCAAAUAUAAAAUGUCUGGGUCUGGAAAAAUUCAUGUUUGUCAUGCUUGUCCGGCAUGACCCCUAAAUCUGUCAUGCACGUUACCAGAGAGCUCCGUUUUUCUGUGAUGCAGAAGCGCAGUUUGUCAUGCAGAAUAGGCAACCCGAGGAGCUCAGAAACUUGUCAUGCUGAGCCAGCAUUUGUAGCCUCAUCAUGAGACGCCACCCAGCAUCACAAGUUUCCAGACCCACACAUUUUUGCACUUGAUAAGGAUAGCGAGGCGGGAUCUUUGCUCGAGGCGGACGGUGCUUUCGGCAUGUGCGAGGAGGAUGUUGCGUCCCUGGAAGAGUACGAUGAACUCCUCGGUGGGUUUGAACAGUGGUCGCUGUUUGGAAAUGGUGCGAGGAACGAAAGCAGUGAGCCGGUCCGCAGCAGUCCGUAGCGCCUUGAAUAGGUUCGGACUGCGAGGGUGAUCGGGGAAGAAUUUUAGGAAUUUAGGAACUUUUUCCUAUUUUUGUUUGAGAAUACAGAAAAUUACUUCGACGUAAACACGGUUGAAGACAAAAAGUAUCUAAAUCAUCACGUGCGGAAACCAAUAAAAGAAGCCGGCGUUUUCUUGCAUGAGGUGCAAGAAAUAAGUGAUUUUGAGUGGUUACUGCAAAAUCUCUAUCUUUUUCUUUUUCGAAUGUCAGUCACGUACUUCCGAAGAAGGCAUACUACAAGUAGCAUUCCAAGAAUUUUCAGGCUGCUGCUUUUUACCGAAAACGUCGACAGCAACCACAUUUUCCGCCAGCUAUUUGAAUUAAAACCAAAGCCAGCGCCUUAUUGCCUGGAAAAACUAGUACAAAAUGUUUGCCCUCUACGAUCAGCACAACCGGGCGUCGUGGCGGGGAAGCAAGUUUUUUUACAGUUUUGGCAAGAAUAUCGCUAUCACAAGAACCUGCAUCAGCCACCACUUUCAUGAGCGCUUUUUGUCCGUGUCGGUAAGAAAGAAAAACAAUCUUUCCGACGGACUCAUCUUCCUUUUCUUGCGCGAUUCAGGGUUCUUUUUUGAAUUCGAAUCCUGCAGAGCUUAGAGCUUCUUUGCUAAUGUUGAUCUCAGAUACAUCAUUUUCCUACGCUAUCUGCACUGGGCAUGAUCUUGUUCAGUGCCACGCAAUGGUUGAAACUUCAAUGAUUUUGAAAUUGUAUAUCACUCAGAACUUUAUUUAUUACAGAAUUUUCAGAGUAUUUUUCGUCAAAAGCCGUAGAAAUUUAACGAAGAAUGGCAACGAAAAGGAAUACAGACGAAUGGCCGUGGCUUUCGGAGGAAUAGGGACGCCUUGUUGCCACGAGACGAUAUGCUACACUUGUUGGGAAUAAAGAUCACUUUUGUCAAUGCAAAACUGUACUUUGAAACUCUACAGAUAUUGUCGCAUCCAGUUUGGGAAAAGUCACUGCGCUUAUCAAUCAAAUCCUAGAAGUAAGAAACCGUUUUCAUAUACCAGAUAGCUGGAUGAAGUAGCGCAUCAGAUAGGACAGGAAACGCAACGCGAGCGCAAGCGCAUAUAAAAAAACUAAAUCACAGUUCAUUGUAGUGAAGUGCAACAUGAUCAACAAAAGCCGAACUUCUGAC